AUGGAACCAUUAGACGAGCAUAUGGAGAACAAUUCUGAAGUCUCAAAUGCCAAUAUACAGCCUGAGGCUGAGGGUGCUGAUGUAGCCUCAAACAAAAGUGGUACUGGUCCUACUGGAAAAGGAACAAAAAGAAAACACAUGAGACCAAGAUCCAUUGUUUGGUCAUACUUCACUCAGAAUGAGGAUGAGAAUGGAAAUGAGACUUCAUCUUUAAAACAACACAUGGCUGCAUGUAAAGGGAACCUAGAGUGUGAACCUGGACAAACCGUGUUAAAUUUGCAACCAUGUAAUCUUGAUAAUGAUGGUAGAAGUGCACUUACUGCAUGGAAAUUUGAUCAAGAUGAAAUUCGAAAAGUUGUUGCAUACAUGGUCAUUGUUGAUGAAUUACCAUUCAAGUUUGUAGAAGGGGAAGGAUUCCGCCGAGUCAUGUCUAAAGUUUGCCCUAGGUUUAAAAUUUCAUCAAGAUGGACUAUGUCCAGGGGUUGUUUUCAAUUGUAUGCUGGUGAGAGGAUAAAGUUGAAGCAUUUUAUGAAAAAUAAUUGCCAAAGAGUUAGUCUGACAACUGAUACUUGGACUUCUGUUCAGAAAAUUAACUAUAUGUGCAUCACAGCUCAUUUCAUCGAUAAUGACUGGAACUUACAUAAAAAAAUCCUUAGUUUUGUGCCUGUUAAUAGCCACAGAGGUGAAUACAUUAGGAAGGCGAUAGAAGCUUGUGUUCUUGACUGGGGAUUAAAGAAUAUUUUCACGGUCACUGUAGAUAAUGCAAGUUCAAAUGAUGUAGCUAUUGCCUUCUUUAAAAGGAGAAUGUUGAACUGGGGUGGUAGUGGGGCUAAUUGUAAGUUCCUUCAUAUGAGGUGUAUUGCAUAUAUAAUUACUUUGGUUGUUACCGAAGGCCUAAAAGAUAUCAAACCUUCAGUGAAGCGAGUGAGAGAAGCAGUAAGAUAUAUUAGAAAUUCACCUGCUAGACUUAAAAAGUUCAAAGAUUGUGUUGAUUGGGAAAGUAUCGAGAGUAAGAGCUUUUUAUGUCUAGAUGUGGCUAUAAGGUGGAAUUCUACAUAUCUUAUGUUAAAAACAACUGCACAGUUUGAAAAGGCAUUUGAGAGAUUUGAAGAGCAAGAACCAUAUUUUGCAACUGAUUUAGCUAAACAUGGAGUCCCAACGUCUUUUGAUUGGUCCUGUGUGAAGAAAAUUUCAGACUUACUGAAGCAUUUUUAUGAGAUGACAUUGCGCAUUUCGGCUUCAUUAUAUGUUACUUCUCAUACUUUUUUCAAUGAGAUUAGCAAUUUGUGUUGCAUUUUGAAUGAAUGGAAAGAAAGUGAUGAUUAUGAAAUCAAAGACUUGGGCACAUCAAUGAAAUCAAACGAGAUGUACGAGGCUGAACAGGGUGUUGCAUUGUUUGAAAGUAUAAGAAAUGGACUCUUUGAGUUGUUCAAAGAAUAUGAAAGAAAAUACCAGCCAAAUGUUGAAGAUGAUAAUCGAGGGAGCUCUAGUUCUGUUUCUCCUAUGAUUGAUGAUUCUAGUUCUAUAAAAGUCACGAAGAAGCCAGUGAAUGUCUUGAAAGCUAGAUAUAAGCAACAGAAAUUGGAGAGUGAAGUCUUUGAGGAUUCUGAGGACCUUGAUGUGUUGAAGUGGUGGAAAAUUAAUUCAGGAAGAUUUCAUGUUCUUUCUACCGGUGGAAGGGUUCUUAAUGUGUUUAGGAGUUCAUUGACUCCAAAGAUUGUUGAAGCAUUGAUAUGUGCACGAGAUUGGCUUCGAGGUUCAAAUAAGCCUUUAAGUGUUGAAGAACUACAAGAUGAGGAGACUAAGUUUGCUGCUGCUACUGCCUGUUGUGAUGCUGCCUCCUAUGCUGCUGUUGUUUGA